AGGCCUGGUGUUGUCAACAAGACGAUGUCAAUUGUGAUGAAGUUCAAGCCAAAUUGGCCAGUCAAGCUGCAGAACCUCACCAGCAGCAGGAUAAUCCGUACGAUUGCUAUGAGGACAUUUGGUCGUUCGACAAGUGGCAUUGGUGCUGCGUGCACUCUGAUCGUUGCCUCGACAGAGCUCAGGACGCGGCAGCGGCAGGUUUGGCGGUUACGAUCGGGGACAUGGUUGGUGACGCCCAUGAUGCAGUCUCACAUCACGUCGAUCAGGCUCUUGACACUUCCAUCGGAGACCAUGUUUCCAACGCCGCUGACACCGUCGAGGAUGUCGCAGGUGACGUCCACGAUGCGGUCUCACACCACGUCGGCCAGGCGCUGAACACUCCCAUAGGAGACCACGUUUCCAACGCCGCUGACGCCGUGGGGGAUGCGGCUGGAGAUAUCCACGAUGCAAUCUCACACCACGUCGGCCAGGCCCUGGACACUCCCAUCGGAGACCACGCUUCUAAUGCCGCAGAUGCUGUGGGGGAUAUUGCAGGAGAUAUACAUGGCGCAGUCACGCACCAUGUUGGCCAGGCUCUUGACACGCCCAUCGGAGACCACGUUUCCAACGUUGCUGACGCUGUGGGGGAUUUGGCAGGAGAUGUCCAUGGUGCAGUCUCACACCACGUUGGCCAGGCUCUGGACACUCCCAUUGGGGACCACUUAUCUAAUGCCGCUGACGCUGUUGGGGAUGUUGCUGGAGACGUCCACGAUGCAGUUUCACAUCACGUCGGCCAGGCGCUGGACACUCCCAUUGGCGACCAUGUUUCGAAUGCCGCUGACACCGUUGGGGAUGUUGCGGGAGACGUCCACGACGCAAUUGCACAUCACGUCGGCAAGGCGCUGGACACUCCCAUUGGCGACCAUGUUUCGAACGCUGCGGAUGUCGUCGGGGAUGUCGCAGGAGACGUCCACGAUGCAGUCUCACACCACGUCGGCCAGGCGCUGAAUACGGAUAUCGGAGAUCAUGUUUCCAACGCCGCUAACGCAGUGGGGGAUGUCGCAGGAGACAUCCACGGCGCAGUCUCACACCACGUCGGCCAGGCGCUGAACACGGACAUCGGAGACCAUGUUUCGAACGCCGCCGACGCCGUCGGGGAUAUGGCAGGAGAUGUCCAUGGUGCAGUCACGCACCAUGUCGGCAAUGCAUUGAACACGGACAUCGGAGACCAUCUUUCCAACGCCGUUGACGCCGCAGGGGACUUCGCAGGAGACGCCCACGAUGCAAUCUCACAUCACGUUGGCCAGGCGUUGAACACAGGCAUCGGAGACCACGUAUCCAACGCCGCUGACGCCGUGGGGGAUGUCGCAGGAGACGUCCACGACACAGUCUCGCACCACGUUGGCCAGGCGCUCAACACGGACAUCGGAGACCACGUCUCCAACGCCGCUGACGCCGUCGGGGAUAUGGCAGGAGAUAUACAUGGUGCAGUCACGCACCACGUCGGCCAGGCGCUGAACACGGACGUGGGAGGCCACGUGAGCAAUGCGGCGGGUGCCGUCGGGGACGCGUUAGGCGACGCCCAUGCUGCAGCUUCGCACCACUUGGGGAACACAGCAGGCUGGCUCGGCGGCCAGCUGGGCUGGGGCGGCCAGGAGGAGGCGGCGGCCGACGCAGGUGCAGAGGCCGCCGGCGCGCCCGAGGCCGAGGCGGCCCCACAGUCGACCUGAGGAGGCCGCCGCCGCCGCGGGCAGCGCCCCCUGGAGAUGGCCCCCUCGCCGGCGCGCCCGCCCUGCCGCGCCUCCCCGCGCCGGCCCGCGGCCGCCGCCAAAGAGUGCCGCCGCCCGGCCGCGUCCCUCCGCGCCCGCCGCGCCCGCGGGCAGCGGGGCGGACGGGCGGACACGUCGGGGGUGGUACAGCAGUUGCUGUGGAGCCGACGAUUCCCUCUGGCCAGUCCCCCUUCUCGUUGCGCCCCCAUUCCGCCCUGCUGACCUGCGCCGCCCAGCCGCGGCGGGCACGUGUAGUUAGUGUGUGUACAGUGUCUCGCUCAUUCGGCCCCUGUGCGCACUCGAGCGGCCACCUUGGCCACCUCUGCGCACGAGCACGGAGCUGGCUGCGUGGACGUCCCUCUGGCAUGCCCUCGAGGAGGAGGGCCCCCGGGUUUAGAAGAGACCGAACUCUUGCUGGCCCGCCUCCGCGCGUUCCUCUCGUUCCGCCGCCGCCGCGGCCGUUCGCUGCGCGAGGGUUGCGCUGCAGAGAUGCUUGCCUGCUCGUGCAUCGGGAAGUUCGACCUCGAAUUGUUUAUUACAGCUGCUAAGCAGCCUGACGUCUGACGAGUGCCUUUUUUUCAGCUCCCUCUGUGUGUUUGCACCGCGCGGCGAUCCCCACGGCGCACGCUCGGGAGAGAAACAUUGUGCGCGUUCGCUCCCUCUCUCUCUUUCUCUCCCUCCAGGGCCUCGGGCGGCUGAUGCAGGGGCGCGGCUCGCAAGCGAGGCGAAGGGCU